AUGGCUGACUACGUGUACCUCGUGCAAAUGGAUAUACCUGUAGAGUUGGAGUCGGACUUCAAUCGUAUUUACGAUACCGAGCAUGUGCCGAACAUCGUCAAGGUGCCGGGUGUUCAUAGCUGCACCCGGUACAAACUGGAAUCCACCGACGUGGAGGGCACUGCCAAGUAUGCCGCAGUCUACGAAAUUGACUCUCCAGACGUACCUUUCACCGACGUGUGGGUUGCUGCCUCAGAUACCGGCGACUGGGCGCCGAUGAUUCGUCCCCAUACCUCCAAUCGUUCCCAUAUCGUCUACAAGAAACUGAAUUGA